CUCUCAUGAAACACACACGACGUUUGAGGUUCAAGAAGGAGCAACACUUCAGUUAGCAAGGUCUGGGUCAUUUACAGUUUCCAUUCCCAUCCUGAACACAAAGACGAUGACACAGCCAGCAGACUCCAUUCUACACAGUGGUUACUUUCACCCAACUCUCCGAUACUGGCAGACCUGUGCUUCAGACCUUAGACCAGAUAACCUCAUAUAUCCUAUCUUCAUUACUGACAGUCCUGAUGCAGUGGAACCAAUUGCAAGUCUACCUGGUCAAGCGAGAUAUGGCGUCAAUAAGAUAGAGGGUUUAAUUCGUCCCCUUGUGGAUAAAGGCCUGAAGUGUGUGCUGAUUUUUGGAGUUCCUGCAAAUGUUGCGAAGGAUGAGAGAGGCUCUGGUGCAGACAGAGAUGACACUCCUGCAGUGCUGGCUGUGAAGAAACUGAGGAGCACAUUCCCUGAACUUGUGUUGGCCUGUGAUGUGUGCCUUUGCCCCUACACCUCUCAUGGCCACUGUGGAAUCCUGCGUGAAGAUGGCAGCCUGGAUAAUGCCGCAAGCUGUUUGAGGUUGGCUGAAGUAGCUCUGGCUUAUGCUCUAGCAGGCUGCCACAUCAUCGCCCCUUCUGAUAUGAUGGAUGGACGAAUUGCAGCCAUUAAGCAAGCACUAAUCAGUAAUGAUCUUGGCAACAAGGUGUCAGUGCUGAGCUACAGUGCUAAAUUUGCCUCCUGCUACUAUGGACCAUUCAGGGAUGCUGCCCAGUCUAAACCUGCUUUUGGAGACAGACGAUGCUAUCAGCUUCCCCCUGGUGCCAGAGGACUAGCACUGCGGGCCUGUGACCGGGACGUGAAGGAAGGUGCUGACAUGCUGAUGGUGAAACCUGGAUUACCAUACCUUGAUAUUGUGAGAGAGGUCAAGAAUAAGGUAAUAACUGUAGAGUCAGUAAAUUUAGUCCCAAAAAUGUAUUUGAAGACUUAA